AUGGGCCGAUUUGACACCCUCAACGCCGAGACCAAGGAUCUGGUGGAAUGCCUUCUUCCCGCUCUGGCACAAUCCUUCGGUCUCACUGACUGCAAAGACAUCAUCCCGGAAGACAUCCGCAUGCGCGCCUGGGACUGUGAGCGCCGCGACCACAUCAUGGACAAGACUGAGAACGACCCUCGCAACUGGGGUGUGCAGUUUCUCAAAGACUUGAGGGCCAUCUCGCGUCUCAAGAACGGAAACCUCGACGAGUUCCACGUCGAUCUGCGCGCCAAGGUUGCUCUUCAUGAACCGAAGCAUCCUUGGUGUCGUCUGGCCGAUAUCAAGGAGAUCAAGCUUGAUUACGAGCACCCAGAGCGCUUGAACCCAGUCGAAAAAGAAGAGUCAUCUGAAGAGUCAUCUGAAGACUCCUACUUCGAAGAGCUUGUCGAGCCAGAUCAACCUAAGGGUUCAAAGAAGCGCCGCGGCAACCACGAGAUUUACGAAGCACGUGUUCUGGAGAAGCGCCGCAAACAUCCGCCUAGCCGUCUCCGUCGUGCUGAGUCUGGCGGCUACCAGCGUCACGAUAAAUACGCGAACAAGCGUAGCCGCUCCGUUCGCACCAGCGCCACUCCCGAAGGUCGCCGCCCCGUGAUCCACCGUCCUACUAGAACCGUCCUCACCGACGAUGAAGACUCCGUCAGCUCUUGCGGUGGCCGGUCCCUUCUUCCCCAUCCGACUCCUGCCUUUUCCGUCUCCCCUGGUCCUCAAGGAGCGCGCAUGUACCCCAUUGAGACCACCGACACAUGCAACGAGCCUGUUGCGGUUCAGAAACUUCAGGCUGAGUUGGAAGUUGCGGAGGCUGAGCUCAAGGCUGCGCGUUUGAAGUACCAGUACCUCCAGGCUAAGGAACAGGCUGAGAACGAGUCUUUGUAUGGGGGUAGCGGUACCGCGGAGAUGCCUCGUCGGUUUGAUUAG